ACGACUCAUCAUCCCUAAUCACAGUGUUUGUCUCAACUGAUAGCAGAAUGGCGAAGCCGAAGAUUACAUUAUAUGUGGAUAUCGUGUCCCCGUUUGCGUACUUGGGGUUUUAUGCGCUGCAGAACUUCCCAGUCUUCCGGCAAUGCGAAAUCACUUACAUCCCCAUCUUCCUUGGCGGGUUGAUGAAGUCUUGCGGUAACACGGCGCCCAUCAACGUGAAGAACAAGGAUAAAUGGAUAAACCUCGAGCGAUCCCGCUGGUGCCGACAGUUCAACAUCCCAAUAUCAGAGAACCCACCCCCUGGCUUCCCUAUCAAUACCAUUCUGAUCCAACGCACUCUGACGGCGCUAUCUGUCUCUCAUCCCGAGCUCAUCCCAACCGCUAUCUCGGCGCUGUACCAGUCUUAUUGGGUCAAGUUUGACCACCCUGAGAAACCGGAGAACCUCCUUCGUAUUCUAAGCGGUGCUAUUGGGGAGGCGGCGGCAAAAGAGGCCGUCGAGAAGAGCGGGAGUAAGGAAGUGAAAGACGCGCUGAUAAAGCGGACGGAGGAGUCGUUUUCUCAGGGAGCUUUUGGUUUGCCCUGGUUUAUAGUGACGAAUUCCAAAGGAGAGACAGAGUCCUUCUGGGGAUUUGAUCAUCUCGGGCAGGUCAUUGAUCACCUGGGACUCGCGAAACCAACUGAUGGUGGUUGGAAGGCUAUGCUUUAGGGAUUCGCGGAAUUGCAGCAUUUUCAAUAAAAAACUCAAUCUUACAUCAGGAAGUGUAUAUAGGUGUG